CUGGUCUCUAGUCUCGCGAGAACUGGCUGGUGUCCCGUCUUCGCCCCGCCCCGUUCCCGCCUCAGCCCCACCCACCUCAGGCCCGGAGUCGGAAAACUAAAGGAACCGCUCAGGACUCAAACGUAAAGCACCGCCCACAACCACUCGAGGAUUGGCUGGAGGUUUUGGGCCAGCCCGGAGAGUUCUCGCGAGAUCAGAGAGGAGGGUUGGGACUUGGUGGGGGCGUUCCCUGGAGGCGCAGGUGGUGGUAGCUCAGGGGCUGUGUUGUGAGAGGGUAACCCUGCCGAGACCUUUCGUGGCCCUAGGGCCUGCCUUGGUUCAGAGGAGGCCACGUUCCUGGACCGGGCCCGAGCCGGAUAAGCCCAAGCUUCUUUUGCAGGGAGCUCAUCCUGGAUAUGCUGCUGUUUUUUGCUUUGGGAUUGCUUGUACAUUUUGUGUUCUUUGCCUCCAUUUUUGACAUUUAUUUUACAUCUCCUUUGGUUCAUGGAAUGACUCCUCAGUCUACACCAUUGCCUCCUCCAGCAAAAAGAUUAGUAUUAUUUGUUGCUGAUGGCCUGAGAGCAGAUGCUUUUUAUGAAUUAGAUGAAGAUGGAAACUCCAGAGCACCUUUUAUUAGGAAUGUUAUAAUGCACGAAGGCAGCUGGGGAGUAUCUCACACGCAUGUGCCAACAGAGUCGCGGCCUGGCCAUGUAGCGCUGAUAGCUGGCUUUUAUGAGGAUGUCAGUGCAGUUGCCAAAGGAUGGAAAGAAAAUCCUGUAGAAUUUGACUCUCUUUUUAAUGAAAGCAAGUACACAUGGAGCUGGGGAAGUCCAGAUAUCUUGCCUAUGUUUGCCAAAGGUGCUAGUGGUGACCAUGUUUAUACAUAUAGUUAUGAUGCUCAAAGAGAGGAUUUUGGUGCUGAUGAUGCCACAAAACUGGAUACCUGGGUUUUUGAUAAAGUUAAGGGCUUCUUUGAGGCAGCGAGGAAUAACCAGUCUUUAUUCUCAAAAGUAAAUGAAGAAAAAGUAGUUUUUUUCUUACAUUUAUUAGGAAUAGAUACAAAUGGACAUGCCCAUCGACCAUCAUCAAGGGAAUAUAAGGACAAUAUUAAAAAAGUUGAUGAUGGAGUGAAGGAAAUUGUAUCAAUAUUCAAGCAUUUUUAUGGAGAUGAUGGGAAAACAACUUUUAUCUUUACCUCUGACCAUGGAAUGACAGACUGGGGUUCCCACGGGGCUGGUCAUCCUUCAGAGACUUUAACUCCUUUAGUUACUUGGGGAGCUGGAAUCAAAUUUCCUGAAAAAGUAUCAGCUCAGCAAUUUGAUGACGAGUUUUUAAAAGAAUGGAGAUUGGAAAGCUGGAAGAGGCGAGAUGUCAAUCAGGCUGAUAUUGCACCACUGAUGACAUCCCUUAUUGGAGUUCCCUUUCCUCUUAAUUCAGUGGGAACACUUCCUGUGGAUUAUCUUAACAACACUGGUCUUUUCAAAGCAGAGAGCAUGCUUACCAAUGCAGUACAGGUUCUUGAACAGUUCAAGGUGAAGAUGACUCAGAAAAAAGAAGUUACUUUACCAUUCUUGUUUACACCGUUUAAGUUGCUCUCAGAUUCUCAACAGCUGGACAUUUUAAGAAAAGCACAAUCUUAUAUAAAGGAAGAAAAAUUUGAUGAAGUAGUCUCCCUCUGUGAGGAAUUGAUUGAUCUAGCAUUGAAAGGAUUGUCCUAUUAUCACACUUAUGACAGACUCUUUCUGGGCAUCAAUGUUGCAGCUGGUUUUGUGGGAUGGACAUCCUACACUUCUUUGUUAAUCAUCAAAUCUCAUUCUAAUAUCCCAGGAGGCAUUAGGAAGGAAGAUAAGAAGCCACACCACCUCCUGCCAUGUAGCUUUAUAGCUAUUGGUGUCUUAGUAGCAUGCUUUCUGCUGAUCCAAGCCUGUCCCUGGACUUACUAUGUGUAUUGCUUGCUGCCAGUGCCAAUAUGGUAUGCAGUUCUAAGAGAAUACCAAGUUAUUCAAGACCUGGUUGCAUCACUAUUGACUUUUCCUCUGAGCCGUUUUGUUGCCUACUUGCUUACUUUUAUCUUGGGCAUUGAAGUACUGGUGCUCAGUUUCUUCUACCGCUACAUGCUGACAGCUGGACUGAUAGUGUUAGCAGGUUGGCCGUUUCUUACUCAGCUGUGUACCCGAGCAAAGAUUACCUGCCUGAGUUGGGCUUCCUUGUCAUUACUUCUAGCAGUGUUCCCACUGAUGCCUGUUGUGGGUAGAAAGCCGGACCUUUCUCUAGUAAUGGGUGCUGGCUUGCUGGUUCUUCUGCUGUCACUGGCUGUUCUAACAACUCUCUUAAAAAGAAAAAUUACUUUGGUAAAGGAGGAGCUGUUGAUACUUCUGUUACAGAUGCUGAGUAUAGUGCUGUCAAUGUAUGUUGUGUACAGCACCCACCACAGUCUGUUAAAGAAAGAAGGACUGCCUCUUAUGAAUCAGAUUGUGAGCUGGGCAACGUUAGCGUCUUCCUUGGUUGUGCCCCUCCUGAGUCCCACAACCCUCUCUCAGCGGCUGUCCAGCACACUUCUUUCUUUGAUGCCAACCUACUUGCUUCUAAGCACAGGGUAUGAAGCCCUCUUUCCAUUAGUGUUGUCUUGUCUGAUGUUUGUCUGGAUACACAUGGAACAAGAGACCCUGCGACAGCCUGCUGUUUCCUGUAAACAGAAGCUUACCAGUAUCCAGUUCACGUAUAACACUGAUAUUGCUCAGUUACGACAGCUGAACCUGGAUGAUAUCCGUAGGGCCUUUUUCCUUGUUUUCUUUUUAAUAACUGCAUUUUUUGGAACUGGAAAUAUAGCUUCUAUUAACAGCUUUGACCUUGCUUCUGUGUAUUGCUUUAUGACUGUGUUUAGUCCUUUCAUGAUGGGAGCUCUCAUGAUGUGGAAGAUUUUAAUUCCUUUUGUUCUUGUGAUGUGUGCAUUUGAAGCAGUUCAGAUAACUACACAGCUGUCAUCAAAAGGCCUUUUUCUCAUUGUUCUGGUCAUAUCUGACAUCAUGGCUUUGCAUUUUUUCUUCUUGGUCAAGGAUUCUGGCAGCUGGCUUGAUAUUGGAACCAGCAUCAGCCACUAUGUGAUUGUCAUGUCCAUGACCAUCUUUCUGGUAUUUCUUAAUCACCUGGCACAAUUGCUCACAACAAAGAAGCUCCAACUGUGUGGAAAACCCAAGAGCCAUCUCAUGUGAUGUUGGUGAAGCCGUCAGUCAGCGUCUACAUUCUGAUUCUCCUUCUUAAAGAAAAGUCCCACCAAGGAUUCAAGAAAAUGGAUAUUGGACCAGGAAGAUGGCUCUGUGGGUAAAAGUGCUUGUUGCACAAGCUGACAACCUGAGUUUGAUCCCUGGGACCCAGAGUGGAAGGAGAAAAUAGACUCCCAAAAGUUGUCCUCUGGCCUCCAAGGCCAUGCUGUGACACAUGUAUAUAUGCCAUGCACUUGCACAUACAUAUUAUGCACUUACAAGAUAACACUGCAGUUAAAAAGACAUGGAUGCUAAUGCACAGUGUAAUUCUUUUUAGGACAUGUUGCAUCUGGAAUUCUGGGUUUACAGGUGGUCUGACAGAUAAUGGAGCGUGUUUCUUUCUGUUAACACACAUUUCCAAGGAGCUUCUUACCUCUUUAGGUUUUAAAGACUUGAAAUGAUGAUUAUGUCUUAGAACAGAGUAAUCAUCCUUUGUUUUUAUUUUUCCUGUCUGGUAGCUUUUCCAGUAGCGUUUGAGAGUACCUCCAUCCCUUUGGUCCUCACAGUGCAGCUUCAUGUACACCCAGAGGCACAUGUGCCCCUGUGGGGCGGUACUGACACUCUGCAGUCAUCCCUGUGGAGAGACUGACUGGAAACCACAGGUUACAACAGAAACCCAGCACUGAGUUGCUUUUGUAGUAGCUCUGACUGCUUGAGCAUGUGAUGAGUAAGACAGGUGAGGUUGAAAGCUGGGAUUUGCUGAAUCCCACAGGAAAGCUGCCUGCGGGACUCUGCCAUUCUGCGCUUGUGCCUCUCUGUGCUGCUUCCAGUCUUCUGAUAGCUAGCCAGCUAGAAAAGCUUUUACCUUUACCUUUUGUCCAUGCCUGGAUCAUCUUGGGAUUUGGGGGAAAUCUGUGUCUUUACUGAUUAUUGUUUCAGUGUCAUUCCCCAAAUCAAAGGCUGUAGUUUCCUGACAGUAUCAUAAAGACUCAAAUUAAAAUUGCUCUGUUUUUGGUCUUGAUAUUCUGUAGACCAAAGGCCUACAGCCGACUCAUUAGAUAGAGCUUUCCAUUUGUGUAGUCUAAUGAAUGAGGUAUUUUGAGAGUAAUUUUCAUUUGGGUUUCCUAUGAAGUGAACUAUAGAAUACCUGUUAAGUGCUUGGUUGAUAUUUUGCUGGUAUGUAUCCCCUUUUAAAAAAUAACUGCUUUUGAUUCAAGUUAUAAUAUUACUAGUGUGCAUUAAUGACCAAAAGGCUAUUUACAAGUUAUUAAAUUUUUCAGAUUGGAAAGUGAGCAAAUAAAUAUCUAGAAGAGUAAGCUCAGCUGAGCAAAAUAUACUUUAAUUUCUACUUAUGAUAAAGUUGUAAUUUAUGUGUAAUAAUGCCUCCUGAUACGGCGGUGUAUGCAUUAUAGUGUAUUAAAAGAGAAGGACCAGUCCUAACACAGGCCUCGACAUCGCUGUUGAACAUUCUAGAUGUCAGCUAAGGAGCUGGUGCAGCAACGCUGACGCUGGGAGAAGAUGACCCAGCUGCCUCCCUAGACCCUCAGGUGACUUCUGAUCCCAUUUACCUCUGUACAGUUUGAUUUACAUUCCUCUUCUCCAGAGGAAUUAAUGCACUGUUAAGGGUUUAACUGUGUGUGUGUGCAUGUGUGUGUACACAUAUGCACAUGUGAGCACAGGUGCACUUAGCAUUCAUAACAGGGUGUUGGGUCCCUGGAACUGUAGUUACAGGUUGUGAGAUCCCUGAUAUGGGUGCCGAGCCCACUCUCCCACUUUAGAAUUGUUGUUUUUAAGCCAGCAUCGUCAAAGGUGCUUACUGCAUUGUAUUUUUUCCUUGUAUUCUCUAAAGCACGUUCUUACCCCUGGGUUGGUUCCAGUUCAUAGAAGGCAGUGCUUCUGCUGCUACGGUGCUCCCCGCUGCACUCAGCCAGACCCUCACAUUCAUUGCGAUGUACUCUUCCUCUUCAUUUCUUGAAGUAUGUAUUUUUGCAUUGAAUAACAGAAGCAAAUGAAAUGUAGGUAUACUGUAUUUCUUUCUAAGGCAUUUUCUUUUUACAUUCUAUUCACAAUAUAUUAGCUUUCCAAAUGAAAAUUUAAGAAAUUUGCCAAUCAGCAUUGUUUAAAUUAGGGAAUGCUUUAAAAGUGGGCAUAACUGGGCAUGGUGGCAGAUACCUGUAAUUCCAGCAUUAGGGAGGUGUAGGCAGGACAUCAUGAGUUCAAGGCCAUUGAAAGUUAAGACUGUUAAACCCUGUGUUGAAAAGAGUUAAAGUAGGCAUCUCAAAGUGAAAAAAAAUUAAAAUAUUGGAUGCUAACUGAAAUGGUCACAAUUUGCCAAUAAAUUCUUUAUAUUUUAUUAUUUAGUGUGUAAAAGUCUUAGAACACAAAAUGCCUUCUUAAAUUUUAGAAGAGUUUGUAUUAUAAACUGGGUAUGGUGACACUGACCUGUCUAUAAUCCCUGGGUUUAGGAGGCUGAAGAGGAGAAUCACAUGUUCAAGGUUAGUGUAGGCCACAAAGCAAGUCCAGGACAGCAUGUGUUAUGUGAGACCCUGUAUUAGGAAACAAUGAGGUAAUGGUAGGAGACUGUUGUAUUGUAAAUAGAUGUAAUUGAAGAAUAGCAUAACCCAGUUAUCAGGAAUGGAACGGAACUUGAAAGUGAUUCAUCAGUUACAAUGUAGCUUCUUGUGAAAACUUCAUUCCAGAUUUCAGGCUACUCACUUCAGGCACAUCAGGCCUCCUCCCUCCUGCCACCUCUAUCUUUACAUACUGUUAGCAGUCAAGGGUUCCUUUGUUCCUCCUUUUAUGACUAUCUUCUGAUGUUACUAGUUCAGGGCAAUGAAGGGUUAUAUAGUCAUGCUUCCAGAGACAUUGCACUCUCUUUGUGGGAACCAGGUGAAUUCCAUAGAUGCCUUAGAUGCCAUUUUAUCAGGAGGCUGGAGAGAAUGGCACUGAACCAACUCAGUAAUGGAGAGUACCCAUGUCCUACUAGUGCUCAGGGGUGCUUUAAGAGACCAAAGGUAGCCUCAUUUGUGUCUCUCCUUUCCUUAGUAGUUCCUUAAGCCAGCGGUGCCCCUGCCCCAUCCUCUCUACAGUACUUCAAAGUGUUUGCGAUUAUUGUGCUAUGUGCUUUCAGUCACUGGUAAUGUCUUGGUAGCAUUUCCCAUUUCUGCACUGGUGUAGUUUAUAAAAAUAGAUCUCUGAAUGUAAUUCUGUAAAGAAAUAAAAAUAUUUGAGGUGUGUAUGUCACUAAUUUUCUGUAGUACACUAAAAUAGAUUAGGUUAUUAAUGGACUCACCAUAAGAAUUUAGUAUUUAUGUGCACAAACAGCAUUUUGAAAGUUACUUCAAAGCAUCAGUUGGUGGAUAAAUAUAUGAUAAUAAAAGUGUUCCCUGAUGAUGUUUGGGAAACAUCUAGGGUAGAAAUGUUUAAAAGUGCAUUUAUUCUGAUAGUUAGUGAAGUCCGUUCAUGCAGAAUGCCUACAAUUUCCAUAUGCUUGGCUAUAGACUAUUCUCCCUCCUUAUGGGUAAAUAUAUUUUACACAUAUCUCUGUGAAUGUUUCCACACAUUUUUACAAAAGGAUGUUAUACAUUUAAUUGAGCUUUUCCUGGUACCCAAAUUGUUAAACUGGGAAACUUGAGAACAUACUGAGGACUUUGUGUUCACAUCACUGUCUCUCCCUAUUUGGAGUUGCUUCUCUUUUGUAUCCUCAACCUGGAAAAAAUAAAAUCGUAACUCUCAGCUUGUUUCCUUGUGGUCAGACACAUUCAAAAGCAUUUAAAGGUAAAGGUUUAAUGAUAUUUGACCAAGAAUUGUGCAAACAAGAUCAAGGUAGCCCAGAUCCCUGCAUGUGUGGGAGAGGGAAGUAUGCAGUCCUAUCCCCUUCCGAGGAAUUAUUGACAUAUGAUGGCUGCUCCAGGAGGGACCAUCUGGUUUCUUCAAUGAUCUGGGCCCUAGAGGCUACUUGUAGAUAGUCCUACAGGCAUGGACAUAUAGGCAGCACUAAUGGACAUGGUGAACAUUUAAGAAAAAAAAAACAAAAAAAAAAACAAAACAAAAAUGAGUUCAUGAAGUUGAGAAAGAAAAGUAGUAAGGGAAUAAAUGGUAAGUUUGAUCAAAACACAUUAUAUGCAUGUAUGAAUAUUAAAAUAGUUUAAAAGAAUAAAAAUAAAAACAGUUGUCAAGAUUUGUUAUAAUGGCUAAAAUUUUGAAUUAUUACUCAAGUGAACAUAUAUGUUCUUUUCAUGCAAUGAUUUAAUUAGGUUGGCUUGCAUCAUAUACCAGCAAGCAGUAAUGUUCUACAAUUUUUUUUUUUUUGGACACCUGGUCUGAAUAUAUAGCCCAAACUGGCCUCAGAGUUGUGAUCCUUGUGCUUCAGCUUUGACUUCUGCCAUUAUAGGUAUCUGCCACUAUGCCAUUUAAGUUGCUUUUAGUGUAAUAUGGUCAGUGGAUUUGGAUAAUAUAAUUGACAAGGAUAGUUAGCCUUUAUAGGUACUAACUACUACCUCCAAUGUGCUAACCUUCCUACGAUAGCUAAGAAUAUGUGAUCAUUGUUUUAAUAGGCCCUGUGCUUGCUGAAGAAAAGUAGUGUCUUUCACGUUUGAAAUCAGAAAAAUCAAAUUAAUUUUUUUGAUGUUCCUUUUUUAUUUUUUCAUAUCCUGGAAAUUAUUGUAAUUGGCUGUAGCUUGUAACACAGAUGUUUGUUGUGCCAUUUCAGCCAGGUGAUUGAAGUUAGCCUUAACAAUGAAAGCUGUGUUGGCAGUACCCACACUGGGUAUGCCAUGAUGAAAAUGACACCUUCCCCACGAUGUGAGGAAAAAUGGACAUGUCUGAAUUCAGGAAGAGUUAGAAAAGAUUCUACAAAAACCUGAUGAGUAGUCUUCAAAACUGUCAAGGUCAUCAAAAAUGAGAAAAAAAAAAAUCUAAGAAGCUGCCAGCAGCAGGAAGAAUCUAAGGAGAUGUGAUUGCUACAAUGUUCUCCUGGAUAAGAUGCUGAAGCAGAAAGGGCUAAGGAAGUGUGCAUACUGUGCAAUUAAUAGAACACCAGCCUACCUCAUUAACUGUGGAAAAGUGCACCUUUCAGAUGUAUGGUGUUAAAGUAGAACCUGGGGGAAGGGCUGUGUGGGAACUCUGUACUGUUCUUGCAAAUUUGUAUGAGACUUUGAAAAUAAAAAUAUCACUUUAUUUUAAA